AUGCUGACCCACAGUUUUCUCUCCUCCUCCAGCAGCCCUUUCAACGACCGGCCGAUGUGCAGGAUCUGCCAUGAGGGCAGCAGGCAGCAAGACCUGCUUUCCCCCUGCCAAUGUACAGGGACCCUGGGGACUGUUCACCGCAGCUGCCUGGAGCACUGGCUGUCAGCUUCAAACACCAGCUACUGUGAGCUCUGCCACUUCAGGUUUGCAGUGGAGCGCAAGCCCAGGCCCUUGGUGGAGUGGCUGAGGAACCCAGGCCCCCAGCACGAGAAACGGACUCUCUUUGGAGACAUGGUGUGCUUCUUGUUUAUCACUCCACUGGCAACCAUCUCUGGCUGGUUGUGUCUACGAGGAGCAGUGGACCAUCUGCACUUUAGUAGUAGGCUAGAAGCUGUUGGCCUCAUUGCACUCACGGUCGCACUCUUCACUAUUUACCUCUUCUGGACUCUAGUAUCUUUUAGGUAUCACUGUAGAUUAUACAAUGAAUGGCGUCGGACCAAUCAGCAGGUGGUACUGCUAAUCCCAAAGUCUGCCAACAUCCCCUCCAACCAGCAGUCCCUGCUGGGCUUGGAGUCCCUCAAAAGAAACUCAAAGGAGACAAUUGUUUGA